AUGCUGGGGAGCAUCGCCAACAAGGUUUUCCAUGAGGUUUUGUUGGACACGUGUUCGGACCUGACCUCUCACUGCUGGCCUCAGGACUCCGGGAAAAAGCGCAAGAAGGACGGCCUGAAGAGCUCUCAGGCAGAGGGCAAGCGCUCCAAACCUCAGCGCAAAGACAAUGCAGAGAUGAAUGUGGAUGAGGCAGAUGAAGAGGAGGAGGAAGAGGAGCUUAAUUUCUCUGGUCAGGACCUGAUGAAGAUCAGAGAGGCUGUAGUUCAGCUGGUUCAAAGCCUCCUCAGACUCCUGCAGACGUUUCCACUCAAAGACAGGCCGCAGAGUGCCGGCAGCUUCACACAGAUCUUCAGCAAGUUGCUUUCCUUUGAGCCGAUUGUUGGAGGGUCAACAUUUUCUGCUCAGCAAGAUAUCAACAAGCUGAAGAGCGUUCCCGAGAUGGCUUUCUACGGCCUGCAGCUGCUCUGCUCGCCAACACACGGAGAACAGAAGGAUGUAAGAUCCAAUGAUUAUGGUCCAUGUGGGGGGGCCAUA